CAGGAGAAGAGGUAAGUGGAUGUGAGGGUGUUAAAAUGUGUCUGCUUUUCCCAGUUUUCCAUCCUAGCAGUAGCUGUGGCACACCUCUGAAGCACGGGAAUAAUCACCAUCUUUGCUCUCGCCAGGGCAGGGGCUGGAGGGGAGCGGGAGCAGACCCCUGGCAAUCCAGGUGCAUCCCCGGGCGUGGCAGCACCUGAGCCCAGCUGGGGCUGCUGCCUGUCCCUGGCUGCACAGUGACCCGCGGCUCACACAGAGCGGCUCAGCACGGCUGCGAUCUCCAGCUGUCCUGGAGUUGUCGGGGUCCCUCCAGCCCCCGAGGAGCUGACGGGUGGGGAGAGAAGGGAACACAUAAGGAAAGGGAGCAUCCCCGAGCAGCACAUUUCCCUCCUCCCCUUCCAUCCCCAGACACGGCGCUGGCUGCUGCCAGCUCCUCGGAGUGCCCCUCGCUGCUCAGGGCACCGAGGCCGCUGCGGGGCGGGGACAGCCACACGGGGUGUGCCCUGUCCCCGCUGCCACCGCCGGCUGCUCCCGGCCACCGCGCCGGUACCUCCGCUGCUUCUGCCCUGCCUUCGCCUUGGAAAAGCCCGAGGAAGCUCCGGGACAGGGAUGCUGCCCUGGCAGCCCGCCUGAGGCAGCGCUCAAGGCUUCGGGGCACGCCGGGCUCGUCCCUGGGGCAGGGUGUGCCCGUGGUCCCCUCGCCCUGAGGAUGCCAGCCCGGAGCCAUGGAGUGCGCAGCUCCCCAGCCAGCCACCAGCCCGGGGCUGACACGGAGGGCACAGGGCUCAGCGCCCGCAGGACCUGUUCAACCCAGGAUGGCAUCAGCUCAGAGCUGCAGAGAGGAGCCAGCCUGCGUGGUGGGGAGCAGAGGGCUGACCACGCUUUCCGAGGCCGGGGAGCCUUGGCCAGGAUAGCCCGGCUGGUGCUGGUGCUCAGGGACUGGGCCAACAAGAGCCUGCACGAGGAGCAGCAGAGGCCAGACCCCUUCCUGGAGCGUUUCCAAGGCCCUGAGCUCCUGACUGUGGCUGCGGGAGCUGGUGAUGAGCUUGAGGAGACUGAGAAGUUAAACAAAAAGAGGAAAUGGCUGCUCUUUGUGGUGGACCCUGCAGGGGACUGCUAUUACCACUGGCUGGCUGUGAUUGCAGUUCCUGUCCUCUAUAACUGGUGCUUGCUCGUAGCCAGGGCUUGCUUCACUGACCUGCAAAAAACCUAUUUUGUGCUGUGGCUGGUGUUGGAUUACAGCUCAGAUGCUCUCUACCUCGGGGACACAGUGAUCCGCCUGCACACAGGGUUCUUGGAGCAGGGCCUCCUGGUUAAGGACCUGAAGAAGUUACGGGAUAACUACAUCCACACGCUCCAGUUCAAGCUGGAUGUUCUCUCCACCCUGCCCACAGACCUGGCCUAUUUUUGGGUGGGAUUGCACUGCCCUGAGCUGCGUUUCAACAGGCUGCUGCGCUUCUCCCGCAUGUUCGAGUUCUUCGACAGGACCGAGACCAGAACCAGCCACCCCAACAUCUUCCGCAUCAGCAACUUGGUUCUCUACAUCCUGGUCAUCAUCCACUGGAACGCCUGCAUUUAUUAUGCCAUCUCCAAGGCCAUAGGCUUCGGGGAGGACAGCUGGGUCUAUCCCAACGUCACAGACCCUGAGUACGGCUCUCUGACCCGCGAGUACGUCUACUGUCUCUACUGGUCUACGCUGACUCUGACCACCAUUGGGGAGACCCCUCCCCCCGUGCGGGAUGAAGAGUACCUCUUCGUCAUCUUUGACUUCCUCAUCGGCGUCCUCAUCUUCGCCACCAUCGUGGGCAACGUGGGGUCCAUGAUCUCCAACAUGAACGCCACCAGGGCGGAGUUCCAGUCCAAAAUCGAUGCCGUCAAACACUACAUGCAGUUCCGCAAGGUGAGCAAAGACCUGGAGACCAAAGUCAUCAAGUGGUUCGACUACCUGUGGACCAACAAGAAGGCAGUGGACGAACGGGAGGUCCUCAAAAACCUCCCUGAUAAGUUAAGGGCAGAGAUUGCCAUCAACGUUCACCUGGAGACACUGAAGAAGGUGAGGAUUUUCCAGAACUGUGAGGCGGGGCUGCUGGUGGAGCUGGUGCUGAAGCUUCGCCCUCAGGUGUUCAGCCCGGGGGAUUACGUGUGCCGGAAAGGGGACAUCGGGAAGGAGAUGUACAUCAUCAAGGAGGGCCAGCUGGCCGUGGUGGCGGAUGAUGGCACGACACAGUAUGCUUUGCUCACGGCAGGGGGCUGCUUUGGUGAGAUCAGCAUCCUCAACAUCAAAGGGAGCAAGAUGGGCAACAGGCGCACGGCCAACAUCCGCAGCUUGGGCUACUCUGAUCUCUUCUGCCUGUCUAAGGAAGAUCUCAUGGAAGCAGUCACAGAGUAUCCUGAUGCCAAAAGGAUCUUGGAGGAGCGUGGCAGGGAGAUCCUAAUCAAGGAAGGGCUGCUGGAUGAGUCAGCUGCAGAGGAAAGCACAGAAGGGAAGAGCAUGGAGGAGAGGCUGGACAGGGUGGCCUCAAACCUGGACACGCUGCACACCCGCUUUGGCCGGCUCCUGACUGAGUACAACGAUGCCCAGAUGAAGCUCAAGCAGCGCAUCACUGCUCUGGAGUCCAAGAUGAGGCAGGAGGAACUGGAGGAUUUCUUCUCUGACAGCUCAGACAGUCUGUUUGAGGAUGAGGAGAAAGCUUCACCUGGGGGUGGGAUGCAGUGAGGGGGAACAGAGUCAGCUGGAUGAUGUCUGACCUGGUGCCGAGGCAGUGUUUGCUGUUUCACAAGGCAGACCCUGUGGCUGCCUUGCCAGGGCUUUCUCUCGGGUCCUUAGCACUGCUGCUGGCACUGCCUUGAUGGCAGCCCCUGAGGUGGCUCCAAUUCAGGGCAUUGUCCCAGCUCCUCCUCUGACCUGUCGCAUUUUCAUUGCCUUUUGGGUUCAGCCUUUAUAACUCACUCCAGGUAAUCAGUCCUCAGUGAGUGUCUGCAAACACUGCCCACUCUGCACCCAGAAACUCGUUACCCACACGAUCCCCAUACUCAGUUAAGGCAGGCCAAACUGUGCCUCUGACAUCUGCAGAUGGAGAGGCUUCUCUGGGUCACUGUCACUGCCCUGGUCACUGAGCUGGCAGCUGCUGCCUCUCUCUUCUGUGGCUUGGUGCUGCCAGGGGGCAGCUGGCGCAGGUGGCUUGGUGCCCGGAGCACUGCACCUUCCCGGGGACAGCGUUCCCCAGCCCUGCUGCUGUGGAAGCAGUGUGUUUCCCACUGGGGCUGUGGCUGCCUUGGAUGACAAGUGCAAUGCAGAGGUGCAGUGCUGGAGUCAGACAGAGAGCAGAGUCAGAGAGAGAGCGUCUGUCCCCUCUAUCUAACGACAGCCAGACGUGCCAGGACAGGUCUGACUGAAAAGACAUGUUUUUAAGGAACAAAGCCAUGGUGGGAGCCAACUGUGCCCGUAUUUGCUUUGCUGUGUGUAGCUCAGGGAGAGCACAGAACACAUUUAUUUUCUUAGGCAGGGGGUUUUCUUGUACUCAGUGGGAGUUUUGGGGCUUUGCAGGCUGCAGAGGCCCCUGUCUUCUGGAGGAGAGAUGAGUGGCAGAGCCACAGGGACACGUGUGAGGGUAGAAAUGUGGCACCACUGUGAGAGCCAGCAAAGCUCUGCCAGGCUGUGCUGCAGCCAUGGGGGCUGUGUGGUGUGAGCAGCUUGAUGGAGAGGGGGACAGUGCAGGAACAGCCCCAAAACCCUGCAAGCAGCAGCAGCACCAGUGCAAGCAGCUGUGUCACCCAUGCCUCAGGGCACGGGGCAGUGCUGGGCCUGGAGGAUGACACCUCACUUCUUGGGUCUGGGCCUUGAGCCCCCUGCAGCCGUGGGGUGGGCUUGGGCUGGUUUCCAAGCAGGGGAAUAUUUGGUGCAGAAGGGUAUUAAUGUUUUGAGUCAAAUUGAGCCAAGAGUUUGGUUAAAAUGAUGGGGAGACACACGGGAAAAUAUAAAGCCAGAAGGCUUCACAGUGGAAAACUGAGGGUGUUUCCUUUGUUCUUUCUUUCCCUCCAGUCUAAAACUGCCUUUCUGCAUUUCAUAUUAAUGUUUUCCAUUAAAAUAAAAGGCCUAGC